AGAACCUUCCCUCAUUGAUCAAACCCAUCUUGGUUUGCCUCUCUCUGAGCCUCCCAUUGGCGGAGCCAUAAUAUAAGCUUCUAUCUCUCUCUCUCUACAGAGAGAGAGCGGAGAGAACUAGUAGUUUGUAAUUUACUAAUUUGUAUAAGUAGUAGUGGUGAGAGAAAAAGGCAGAAGAGCCAAUUAGGGCUCCGUCGGAAAGUUUCACCCGAAAAGGAAGCUGUAGUGUAGGUUUCCUCAGUCAUCAAGCCCCUUUUUCUACCUCGUUUACCUGCCAUUUGGGUUUUAGAGCUUCCUGAGACGACGAUCCUCGUGAUUUUGGUGGUUCUCUUAUCAAUUAUGUUUACUGUUUGGUCUGAUAUUUCCUUCUAAUUUGUGUGAAAUUAUGGACGACUCUUGGGAUUUUCACGGGCUAAGGUACUACUAGCCUUGAGCCCAGAAAUAAGUGAUUUUGCCGCGGUUCUGGAAUCUGGGUGUCGAAUUUCGGUUUUAUUGGCCAGGGUUAUGAGUUGUAAAAUUUGGAGGCCUAUGGUGUGGUAGAGAGUUUGGGGAAUUCAUAGCGAAACGGCAGCGACUAACGGCGGGAUUCAUCGCGGGGAAACUUUAGGUUCUGCUAUGAAUCGGCAGGCGAUGUCGUUUCAGUCCGGCGCAAUCAAAAGCACGUCCGAGAUGUUUCCGGUGGGGAAUUACUUUGGGAUGCACAACACUGGAGACUUGGUCUUUUCAGGGAAUUAUUCCGGAAUCAUUAACAACAAUCCCGUGUUAAGUGAGGCUGGGAACUCAUCAUGUUCUUCUCUUGUACUUGACUCGGUACCCGGGCUCAAGCACGACCCCGGGUUGGCCGUGGAGUGGUCUGUCGAGGAACAGCGCAAAUUGGAUGAAGGCCUAGACAAAUUUGCUGAUGAACCAAGUGUCAUGAAGUAUAUCAAGAUUGCUGCAACAUUGCGUGAUAAAACUGUUCGUGAUGUUGCUUUGAGGUGUAGGUGGCUGACGAGCAAGCGAAGAAAACCUGAUGAACAUAGCAUGGGAAGAAAGGUGAACAAUCAUAAGGAUAAGCUGGUAGAGUUGUCCUCAAAAACCAAUAUACCUGCUGUGCCGCCAAACAUGGUUCCAAAUUCCCUCAUGAUGCACCAUAUGGAUCAGAAUGAGAGUAUGGCUUAUGAAGUCUCUGGAACAGGUGGUCCAAUGAAGCAUCUCUUGGAACAGAAUGCUCAAGCUUUUGACCAAAUUACAGAUAAUCUUUCGAUAUAUAAGUGGCAGGAUAACAUCAAUAUCUUCGGUCAGGCGAGAAAGAACAUUGCUGCUAUCUUAAACGACAUGAGAGAGAUACCCGGCAUAAUGAGCGAAAUGCCACCACUGCCUGAAUGCAUAAACGAGGAUCUUGCAAAUGGUAUUAUCUUGUAUAAUACAACCUAGAAUUGUGGUGACUGAAUGGAUUAUGCACAAAAUUUGAACAGAGAUUUACCAAUUCAAGCAGACAAAAUCAACCCUGAUGGACUGCCGUAAAAGUUUAAAUAUAUGAGCUCACCAGAAUACAAAAUUCUUCUAUACCGGGGCCGAGUUGCUUACAUCUUGGGGUAACAUGCACAUGAGGAGCCUAGCCUUAUUUUCAAUUUUUGGGCUUCUAGAUGUCUUCCUUGUUUAUUUUGUUCCUCUGCAGGAAAAACUUGUACCGUUCUCUCUGUAUAAAAUAUAUGUGGACAAAGUGAUAAUACAAGUACCGAUUUAGAUGGAAGGCACUUUUCGUCA